UCCUCUCUCACAAGAAAAAAAACUUGGGCUCUUCCAACUCGCAGACACCUGAAAGGCCGAAAGGCAAGGCAAACGCAAAUGCCACCACCCGCCGCAGCCGCAUGACCGCCGCCGCCGGUCGGCCAUCCCCUCCGGUCGCCACCCUCCUCGGCCGCUGCCUCACCGCGCCCUGCCUCGCGCAGCUCCACGCUCGCAUCGUCCGCCUCGGUCUCCACGACCACCACGCCAAUCUCGCCCGCUUUGCCGCCGCCCGGCCAUCACCUCCGGUCGCCACCCUCCUCGGCCGCUGCGGCACGCCGCGCUGCCUCGCGCAGCUCCACGCCCGCAUCGUUCGCCUCGGCCUUCACAACCACCACGCCCUCCUCGCCCGUUUCGCUGCCGCCUGCGACGCCCUCGCCUGCCCCUCCGUGGCGGCCUCCGUCCUCGCCGCGCUCCCUGACUCCCACGCCGCCCCGCUCCGCCUCCGCAACGCCGUGCUCGCAUCCCUCGCCCGCCACGCCCCGCUGCCCGCCGCGCUCGCGGAGUUCAACCUCCUCCGACGCGGUGGCUCCGCGCGCCCCGACUCAUUCUCCUUCCCUUCCCUCCUCCGCGCGUGCGCCCACGUCACCUGCCUCCCCGCCGGAGCCGCCCUCCACGCCGCCGCCAUCCGCCUCGGCGUCGACGCCGACCUCUUCGUCCGCACGGCGCUCAUCCAGUUCUACGGGAGGUGUGGUGCCGCCGGUGCGGCCCGGGUGCUGUUUGAUUUAAUCGACAUCCCCAGUGAGGUUUCCUGGACCGCCAUCAUUGUGGCUCAUGUUAACACUGGUGACAUUGUUGCCGCCAGAGAGCUGUUCGAUCGAAUGCCUCACCGGAACGUGGUGCACUGGAAUGCGAUGGUUGAUGGGUACGUGAAGUGUGGUGACUUGGAGGGCGCAAGGACACUGUUUGAUGAAAUGCCUGAGAGAACGGCCACAGCAUACACAUCGUUGAUUGGUGGGUAUACAAAGGCAGGGAACUUGGAAGCCGCAAGAUCGUUGUUUGAUAGGUUGGAGGACCGGGAUGUUUUCUCAUGGUCAGCAAUGAUAUCAGGUUAUGCACAGAAUGGUUAUCCUGGAGAGGCUUUGAGGAUUUUCAACGAGUUCCAUGAGCAAGGCGUACACCCAGACGAGCUUGUUAUUGUUGGUCUGAUGUCAGCAUGCUCCCAAAUAGGUAAUGUCGUGUUGGCAAGAUGGAUUGAAGAUUACAUCGCAAAGUACUCGAUAGAUAUGAACAAUGUCCAUGUGUUGGCUGGUCUUGUAAACAUGAAUGCAAAGUGUGGGGACUUGGAGAGGGCUACUUUUUUCUUUGAGUCUAUGCCAGUUCGAGAUGUGUUUUCAUACUGUUCAAUGAUGCAAGGUCAUUGCCUCCAUGGUUCAGCUAACAAGGCUGUUGAGCUUUUCUCUCGGAUGCUUUUGGAGGGCCUCUCCCCUGAUAAUGCUGUGUUCACAGUUGUUUUGACAGCUUGUGCUCAUACUGGCCUAGUAGAGGAAGGGAAGAAGUACUUUGAUAUGAUGAAGAAUGUGUACUUGAUUGUGCCAUCUGGUGACCACUAUGCUUGCCUUGUCAGUCUUCUUGGACGUUGUGGGUUGCUAAAAGAUGCAUAUGAGCUUAUCAAGUCGAUGCCCGGGAAACCUCAUCCUGGAGCUUGGGGUGCGCUGUUGGCUGGAUGCAAGGUUCACUGUGAUAUUGAGCUUGGAAAAAUUGCAGCAAAGAAGCUUUUUGAAAUUGAACCAGAUAAUGCUGGAAAUUAUGUCUCCCUAUCAAAUAUUUAUGCUAACAUUGACAGGUGGGGAGAUGUUUCUGAAGUUAGGGAUGAGAUGACUGAAAAAGGGAUAGUGAAAAUAAUAGGUCGUACCCUGGUUUUGCCGUGAAGCACUGUUGACUGGAAUGGUGUACUUAUCUUUACUAGGCCCUAUUGAAACCUGAGGAGACAUAAAUUUUAAAGAAAAGAUACAUCUGUGCUUUGCACUGUAAAAACGUGAUGGUUAUGAGAUGGAUGGAAAACAAAUUAUCAUACUCAAGAUGGAUAUGGUAGAAGUUUGGCACAUUUUCGACAUACACGGCAUGCUGCUCAACAGGCUGUUGAGUUAAUAUGUGACAGGAGACCUUCUCAACUGACAUAGACACUUGUCUUCGCAUAGUGCUCUGACAAUUUUCUGCCAAUGCCACCUGUGAGAGCCCAGGAGGAUUCUUCUAUUGCUAGUGAGAUGUCAUCUACUGGUGCCAUUGCUGAUGAUAUGAUGUCCUCCCUUGCCUCGCUUUGCAGAGCAAGGAUAUGCGUUUGGUAGCGCUCAGAAAAGUCACUUUGCCCAGCAAACUUGCCCGGCUGGGCAAGGAUUUCCUUGCCUGCAUAGGAGAGCCGAUUUGGCUCUCCUGGGCUGGCAAGGUCACUGGUGCGGCUCUCCCGUCUCUCCCGAUCUGCUCUGCUCCGUGCUCCACUUCGAAGGCCAGCAGAUCGAGCUCGUUGACGACUGAGUAGAGCUUUUCCCAACCAAAUCGAGCUUGCCUCUGCACCGAUCGAGCUUUUCUUCAUCAAAUCGAGUUUAUCCUGGCCGAAUCUAGCUCAUAGCUGCAAUAAUGGAGCUUUUCCCCACCGGGUCGAGUUUCUCCCACCCAAAUUGAACUCGUCACCACAUGAAUCGAGUUCGUCGCAGCUAGAAUCGAGUUCUUUGCAGCCUGAAUCGAUCUUAUCCUCUCUAUAUCGAGUCUCCCCUACCCGAACCCAGCUUGUCACGGCUGGACUGAGCUUCUCCCAUGGACAUCCUGCAGCUUGGGCGAAAGGAGGAAAAGGGAAGGAAGAAAAAGAAAAAAGAGGGAGGCAAGCCAAACAAACAACGCAAGAAGCUAGCCUUGCUUUGCCGGGCAAGGCGAGGCGAGCACGGGCUUGAACUUCAAUGUUUCCAGCAUCUAUGAAAUGUAUCACUUCAAAAGUUUGUGUACAGUAUGUUUUGGAGCUUUCGAACAUGUAUGCCUCAAUAUAUAAUCCUGAAGGUACUGUGAAAGACCAGGAUGCUAUUUUACAAACAUGGCCCUGAUUAAAAAUAUGGAGUGUUGGCAUUCGAUAUGAAGGAUUUGAAGUUAAUUCUUGCGUAGCAGGCCACAGAUGACAAUGAUAUCUCACAUUUACUAAGAAAUGGCACAAUUUUGGAUACUGGCUGCAGUGACACACAUUACUUGAGAUUUCUUGAGUUUUGCGGGCAAAUAUUUUAUUAGUAAGCUUUUGCUGGAUGUA